AUGGCACCUCAUGGAGAUGCUGUUGUUAGCUCCUACUCUCGGACAAACAACUUCAGCAAGCCCCCGAGACUCUCGACCGACGGCCUCCACCGAACAGUUUCCGACAUCUCGUUCGAACUGAGCAAAGAGGCAUUAGACCCAAAACUGCCACCAAUUUCCGAGGUGGAAGAUGCAAAGUGCGAGUGUUGUGGUAUGAGCGAAGAGUGCACGCCAGAGUACAUAAAACGAAUUCGUGAAAAGUUCUCAGGAAAGUGGAUUUGUGGAUUAUGUGGUGAAGCAGUGAAGGAAGAGUUGGAGAAAAAUGGAGGAAAGAGAGAAGAGGCUUUGAGUGCUCACAUGAGUGCUUGUGUUAGGUUCAAUAAGUUGGGGAGGGCAUACCCUGUUCUUUGCCAAGCUAAUGCCAUGAGAGAGAUCUUGAAGAAGAGCUCGAGGUUGGAAGGGAGGGGAGUUAGAGCCAAAUCUAUCAGUCCGAGGGAUAAUGGUUCAGUGAAGAAAGGUGGGAUUGCAAGGAGCUCGAGCUGCAUUCCGGCCAUUACUAAGGAGAUGAAUGACCUGAAAAUAGCGAAUUAA